AUGGCAAAUCGCACUGAUGUUAAUAUUAUUAAAUCGUUUGGAUCAAACCCACAAUUCUUAAUUUCAAAUAUUAUAAGAAAUAAAAUAUAUGACAGCCCAUAUUGGAAGGAAAAAUGUUUUGCAUUAACCUCAGAAUCAAUAAUCGACCAAGCAGUGAACUUAAAAUAUGCUGGAGGAACUUAUGGAGGGAAUAGAAAACCAACCCGUUUUCUUUGUUUAGUUUUAAAAUUAUUACAAUUACAACCUGAUAAAGAUAUUAUAUAUGAAUUUAUAAAAAAUGAAGAAUUCAUUUAUUUAAGAGCUUUAGGUAUAUUUUAUUUACGAUUAAUUGGUAAAGGUAUAGAAAUAUAUAAAAAUAUAGAACCAAUACUAUUUGACUAUAGAAAAAUAAGAAUAAGAUUACAAGAUGGAUCGUUUCAGAAAAUGUAUAUGGAUGUAUUUGCUGAUAAUUGUUUAGUUUUUAAUAAUUUUUUAGACGUUGAUUUCCCACCUUUAACUAAAAGAAUUGUAUUAGAAGAAAAUAAUUUGUUAGAAAAAAUUAAUUUAGAUUAUUAUAAAGAACUAUUAGACAUUUCUUCAGAAAAUGAACUAUUUAUAAAUAACAAAAAAAAUAAAAUACAUCUUUAUAAUAAAAAAACAAAAAGAGGGGAAAUUUAUGAUGACAAUAAUUAUACUAGUCAAAGUUCAGAACAAUAUUAUUCUAAACGAAAAAGUAUAAAUAGAGAAAAUAAAAAAGGGUUUGAAAAAAAAAAAAAAAGACGAACAAAUUAUACUGACAAAGAUUAUUAUAAAAAAAAAUCAUAUUCAUCUAGUAAUGAUCACUCUAGAAGUCUUAGCUCAAAAUCGUAUGAACAUGAAAAAAAUCGAAAAAAAAAAAAAAAAAAAUAUAGUGAAGAUAGUGAUUAUGAAGAAAAAAAACGUGAAAAGAAAAAAAAAAGUAAUAAAAAAAAAAAUGAAAAAGAGGGGAAACAUAAAUAUGAAAAAAGUAAAAAUGCCUUAUUUGAUGUCCCAGAAAAAAAUAACGAAGAAAUGUCUGUUGAACGAUGGAAUAAAAUACGAGAAGAACUUGGAAUGAAGCCACUUAAAUAG